AAUAUACCUUGUACCUUAUACCUUUUUUUUUUUUUUUACCGAUUGUGUCAUAUGAUUGUUCAUGUGAUGCUUUGACCUGCUGUUACGUCGUUCAACCCGUCCAACCUGAUCAUUUUCUCGCAGUUCGGUUGUUGAGAUGGGCGCUUUAGCUGUGGUCUCUUCACUUUUAUUGAUGCAGAUGGUCGGCAUCUGCAGCGCCAGAUACGAACCGACCUGGGAAUCCAUCGACUCCAGACCGCUGCCAGAGUGGUACGACCAGGCUAAGUUCGGCAUCUUCAUACACUGGGGGGUGUUUUCUGUGCCGAGCUUUGGCAGCGAGUGGUUCUGGUGGUAUUGGCAGAAGCAACAGAUGAAGCCGUAUGUAGACUUUAUGCAAAGGAAUUACCCUCCAGACUUCAAGUACCAAGACUUUGCCCCUAAGUUUACAGCAGAGUUCUUCGAUGCCAAAGAAUGGACGGAUAUCUUUGCCUCAUCAGGAGCUAAGUACAUCGUCCUGACAACCAAACACCAUGAAGGUUUUACACUUUGGGGCUCCAAAAAUUCCUGGAACUGGAAUUCAGUGGACGUGGGACCAAAACGAGACCUGGUGGAUGAGGUUGCAAGUGCUCUGCGUGCUCACAGUGACCUGCAUUUAGGACUGUAUCACUCUCUCUUCGAGUGGUUUAACCCACUUUUUGAUCAGGAUGCUGCAAACAAAUUUACUACUAACUACUUUCCUACCAGCAAAACUCUGCCUGAGCUCUACGAUCUUGUUGUCAAGUACAAACCAGAGGUGCUGUGGUCUGACGGAGAUGGAGACGCACCUGACAAGUACUGGAACAGCACUGGCUUCUUGGCCUGGCUCUAUAACGACAGCCCAGUACGAGAAACGGUGGUGACAAACGAUCGCUGGGGUUAUGGCUCCAUCUGCAACCACGGUGGGUAUUACACCUGUUCCGAUCGCUACCAGCCCGGACACCUGCUCAAACACAAAUGGGAAAACUGCAUGACCAUCGACUCAAAGUCCUGGGGUUACAGACGCAACGCUCCUCUCAGCGACUACCUCACCAUCGAGCAGCUUGUGUCGUCACUGGUGGAGACGGUGUCUUGCGGAGGAAACCUGCUGAUGAACAUCGGCCCCACACAAGAUGGAAGAAUCGCUCCGAUCUUUGAGGAGCGUCUGAGGCAGAUGGGCCAGUGGCUGAAGGUGAACGGGGACGCCAUCUACAACACAACAGCGUGGCGCUCACAAAAUGACAGCCUCACUCCAGAUGUCUGGUACAUCUCCAAACCACAGGAAAAGGCCAUCUUUGCCAUUUUACUGAAGUGGUCAGAUAAAGGAUCAGUGAUUCUGAGUGAACCGGUGGUCAAACAAGAACUGACUCAGGUGGAGCUCCUCGGUUACGGCCCUCUGAAGUGGUUGCCGGCGAAGCCCAGCGGACUGGAGGUUCUCCUUCCACAGCUGUCGUUCAGCCAAAUGCCAUGCCAGUGGGCCUGGACACUGAAGCUGAAAGGUGCCAUCUGAGGGAAAAACCAUAUCACUGAUACAGGAGCUGACAGAGCUGGAGGGACCGUCACUUUUACGUCAAUCCCUGAACUUGUUUCUUUUCUGAUUUGUGAGAAAUUUAAGGGAUUUGAAAAUACACUGUUCUGCCAGUGACUAAAACUUGUAAUAUAUACUGUAAUUCUUUCACCCACAAAUUUCUGCACUAUUUUUCAUAUUACAUGUAAAUUUUAAUGGUGAUUGUUGAACUGCUUGCUGUGCAUUGUGUGUGAAUGAUCACAUGAAAAAAAGGAAUAAUAAAUUUAUACUGGGCUGU